AUGGCUGGAGACCAUCUGGACAUCGCACAUAAAACGUAUUUUGAUAGGUGCUCUGAGUUACCAUGUAUUGUCAUUUAUGCUUGUUUCGCGCAGAAACCUUGGAGAUGCAUUCCUCAAUUAAGGGCUUAUGUUAUUAUUGGUGGAGUUGCUUACAAGAAGAUGAAUCUUGAAACUUUGGAUUUGCGGAGAGUUAACCACUCGCGACCACAGUUGCAACAAGUGCGAACCUCAAAGUUAAUUAGCGGUGUGGAUGUGCGGUACGGGGAAAACACACCUUCAGUAGAAUCGAGUAGUUCGGAUGCAGCUACGGUGACACGGUGGGCUACCCCUCCAUCUCAACUCCGUACUCCACAGAGAAGCUACGAGAACCUGGGAGAUUCGACAGAGGCGCCUUUGAUUAGGGCAAGUGAUUGGGAGGCUUCACAUCAGAGAUACAACAAUACUAUGUUUCAAUUUGAUGAACAGCAGAUAGGGAAUAUGGAAACUGAAGCUUUGAGGAAACAGACAAGGAUUUCGGAUCAGGCCGAUGACGAAAGUCCACCGACUCCUAACACUGACGAUACGCCAUUUAUUCGAUUUGCGAUUGAUCAAUUGACGAGAGAUGAAGAGGCCAGGCGAGAAGCAAGAAGGACUCAACAAUUAGAGCAAGGUCAACUACCGACCGAUUCGCAGAGUUCGGAGGAUUAUCCUGUGGAGAGACUUAUUGCAGAUGAUAAUCGAUAUGUUCCUCAACGACCGACGAGAGCAGAACUGGCACUCAUCAGAAAACAUCGCUCUACACCGGGACCUGGACGAUUAUUAGGCCUCAAUGCCACACAACCUCCCUCAACUCCCCCUACACAAGAAGAGGAUAGAAUACCCAUAAGAGCACCUCCAAUACCUCAAACACAUCAAACACCUCACGACGAUAACGAUGUCGAAAUAUUUAUCCCCACACAACCUCCUCUAAACACCAAACGAUACCUAGAGCUGAGAUUUUUACCCACGAUUUUACGACCUUUUUCUUUACUAGCGCUUAUUACAUUAUGUCUUCUCAUGACUGCAGCGAUUAUGUUUUGCGCGAUUUACUCGAAUUACCACGAAGGUCUUUAUUCGUGGAAUACCGGCGUUUAUGGCAUUAGAUAUUUUAUCUUUGGAUUUUUACCCCAAAUUUUGGGCGCGUGCAUAUUUUUAUAUGUUCAGUAUCUGAUGGCUGCCAUCACGAGAAUCAUGCCAUAUACAUUAAUGGCGAUGGAAGAUGCAGAGCCUAGAACCAACGCGUUGUUCCUGAAAGCUUUUCCAAUACAUAUGCUUUGGCCGAGAUGGGAUGGCCCUAUGAUGAUUGACAUUGGGGUAUUAUGUUUAUGGUUAUCUGUUUUUACGAUUCCUCUUCAGGGAUGUUUGUUCUCUGUUAUAUUGGUGGAUGGACAUUGGAAAUGGACUGCUGUUCAAGGGAUCGCGUGGACUUUGGUUGCGAUCUACAUAUCGAUGUGUAUGGGAUUGGUUCUUAUUGGGGCCUUUUUCUUUCAUCGAACAACUGGUCUCAGAGACUACCCAGGAACCGAGACUAUGAAGUCGAAACAAGAAAUUAGAACUAAGCUAGCCGAUCGAAGUGAUCGAUUGGGUUACUGGAAAACCCCUAGUCCUACACAGGGUAUAUUUUAUUCGAUAGGAGAAACAGGUGCACCGAUAAGACGAUACACAUUGGAAAGUGGAAAAGCCGAGAGGAAAACUAGCAAUGAGAGCGCUACGCAUGAUUUGGAGGAAAAUCACCCAUUUCUUCAUGAUACCGCUACCCGAUUUCGAUAUAUCCCAUGGUUCCUGCGCGAUACAUUCGUAGUACUAUGGUGCGUCACAGCAUUUUUCCUCUUGCUGGCAUUGAUCAUUAUAUCAUUCCUUCCAUCGACAGCCAUUCGCCAUGGAUUUUUACCCUUGGUCGCUGCUGGUCCGAAUGGAUCUGGAUAUUCCACAGCAAAUUUCUUGUACAGUUUCAUCCCAUCUCUAAUUGGGAUGAUUCUAUACCUCCUAUUUCAACCCCUCGACAUGAGUCUUCGAAAACUUCAACCCUGGGCUGAAUUAGCCAACCCUGACGGUUCUCCUGCGUCUAAAUCUCUCCUACUUGACUACACAGCCGCUCACCCAAUCCAAAGCAGCAUCGCCGCCCUCGGAAAUGGUCAUUUCCGCGUCGCCUGGUUUUCGCUCGCAUCCUUUUUAUUCAUCAUCCUCCCCAUUCUCGCAGGCGGAAUAUUCUUCCCCUUAACCACCGCCUCGAACGAAGUGCGCAUGCUUCCUAAUCUCCCUUCCUUCUACAUUUGUCUCGCAUUCCUUAUUAUCUAUUUCCUCACUCUUCUGCUCCUCCUCCCCAAUCGACGAGCAAUGCAUUUACCACAUCCCGUGGAUUGUCUAGCUGAAAUCAUCAGUUUUGUGCACUCGAGUAAUGUUCUAGAUGAUGCGGCGUUUAGUGCUCCUAGGUCGAAAACAGAUUUAGUGACGAGAUUGGUUAGUACGUCGGCUCAUUUUAAGGGGGAGGAAGCAAAAUAUGUGUUGGGGGUUGGAAUGGGAAGGGGUGGGAAGGAAGUAUUGGGAAUUGAGAGGUUAGGGAGGAGAGGGGGUGAUCAGGUUAUGGUUAUGGGAUAG